AUGACCCAGUUCACGCGACCUCUCCGACACACGAGCAGACGACAAUUUUCCUCGACGAGACCUGCCGCACGAGUGGUCGCCUCUCAACCUCUGCGAGCGAAGGAAGCACAAUCGCCCUUGACUGCCACUGGGGGUUCUUAUGCCAUUAUCGACCACGAAUACGACGCCGUGGUCGUGGGCGCUGGUGGUGCGGGUCUCAGAGCUGCCUUCGGUCUGGCGGAGGCUGGCUUCAACACAGCAUGCGUAACGAAGCUUUUUCCUACGAGAAGUCACACCGUGGCGGCACAGGGCGGUAUCAAUGCCGCAUUGGGAAACAUGCACGAAGACGACUGGAGAUGGCAUAUGUACGAUACGGUAAAAGGAUCAGAUUGGCUGGGUGACCAAGACGCCAUCCACUACAUGACCCGCGAAGCCCCCCGGUCCGUUAUCGAGCUCGAAGGUUACGGAUGCCCGUUCUCGCGAACAGAAGACGGCAAGAUAUACCAGCGUGCUUUCGGUGGCCAGUCCCAGAAAUACGGCAAGGGCGGACAGGCAUAUCGGUGUUGCGCCGCGGCUGAUCGAACUGGUCACGCCCUUCUACACACCCUGUACGGCCAGUCGCUCAACCACAACACCAAUUACUUUAUCGAGUUCUUUGCACUGGAUCUGAUCAUGGAGGACGGCGUCUGCAAAGGUGUGCUCGCCUACAAUCAGGAAGAUGGCACCCUGCACAGAUUCAAGGCGCAAAAUACCGUGCUGGCCACUGGCGGCUACGGUCGUGCCUACUUCAGCUGCACGUCAGCGCACACAUGUACCGGUGACGGUAUGGCUAUGGUCGCUCGUGCCGGUCUGCCUAAUCAGGAUCUCGAAUUCGUCCAGUUCCACCCAACGGGUAUCUACGGUGCUGGUUGUCUGAUCACCGAAGGUUCCCGCGGUGAAGGUGGUUACCUUCUCAACUCCGAGGGUGAACGGUUCAUGGAACGUUAUGCCCCUACGGCCAAGGAUCUGGCCUCUCGAGACGUCGUAUCGCGAUCAAUGACGAUGGAAAUCCGCGAAGGUCGUGGCGUUGGUCCUGAGAAGGACCACAUCUACCUGCAGCUCAGCCACUUGCCGCCUGAAGUCCUGCACGAACGACUACCAGGUAUCUCGGAGACCGCCUCGAUCUUUUCUGGUGUUGAUGUCACAAAGCAACCAAUCCCUGUCUUGCCUACCGUGCACUAUAACAUGGGUGGUAUCCCCACCAAGUAUACCGGUGAAGUCCUCCGCAUCAACGAUCAAGGCAAAGAUGAAGUCGUGCCCGGCCUGUUCGCUUGCGGUGAAGCCGCCUGCGUGUCCGUCCACGGAGCCAACCGUCUGGGCGCCAACUCUCUCCUCGACUUGAUCGUCUUCGGUCGUGCCGUCUCCCAUACCAUCCGCGAUAACUUCUCGCCCGGUCAAACUCAAAAGGAAAUCGCCCCGGACGCGGGUGCCGAGUCCAUUGAAGUGCUCGACCAGAUCCGGAACUCGAGUGGGCCCAAGAGCACGGCCGAGAUCCGAUCCGCCAUGCAAAAGGUCAUGCAGGCUGAUGUCAGCGUCUUCAGGACGCAAGAGUCGUUGGAUGAAGGCGUCAAAAAGAUCAAUGAGGUCGACCAGACGUUCGCUGACGUCGGCAUCAAGGACCGCAGCAUGAUCUGGAACUCGGAUCUCGUGGAGACCCUCGAGCUGAGAAACCUCUUGACCUGCGCUACGCAAACAGCCGUCUCGGCCGCGGAACGAAAGGAAUCACGCGGUGCCCACGCCCGCGAAGAUUUCCCUGAACGUGACGACGAGAACUGGAUGAAGCACACGCUCUCCUGGCAGAAGAAGCCCCAUGGCAAGGUCGAGCUGGGCUAUAGGUCUGUGGUUGGCCACACCCUGGACGAGCAAGAGUGCAAGGCCAUUCCUCCGUUCAAGAGAACAUACUAA